AUGAUUAUUCAGCCCUCAGAAGAUGAUCCCAUCAAUGUCGACCAGGAAUCCUUCGUUCAUGACGAUUACUGCUCGGCUUCUUAUGAUGACACUAACAUUCAGGCCACUGGGGGACUAUUUGAAGAAGAACAUGUCCCAGCCUCCCGUAAUGAAUUUCUCGAUCUCUUCCCGGGCUCAGCAGAAGUGUAUGAAGGAGGAUAUACAUUUCUUGGUCUAUUUGAUGCGGAUGAAAAUAGUGCGCAUCGUGUGCAUAAUCCCUACUACCCAUUUAGUGGACGGAAAGAGUGGGAGGUUGCAUCUUGGCUACUGCAUUCAGGCCUGAGCAUGGGUAAAAUUGAUUUGUUUUUAUCGCUAGAGAUGAUCAAGGCCCUCUCCUUGUCAUUCCACUCUGCUAAGGAGUUACGAGGUCGGGCAGAGCAGCUGCCAAGUGGACCGCGAUGGUUGUCUAGGGUGAUCAAAACAGCACAUCCCACGAAAUCUCCUGUGGUUCUGUACUGGCGGGAUCCUCUAGAAUGCAUCGCCAGCAUUAUGAAUGACCCUUCUUUUCACAAUCAAUUCAAUUUCAUGCCUCAAAAGGUGUACUCUACCGCAGAGCAAACCUGUUGCAUCUACUCAGAAUGGAUGACAGGUGAUGACGCAUGGAAUAUGCAGUCAGCGCUGCCUGAUGGUGCUACUCUCCUCGGAAUUAUGUUGUCCUCUGAUAAGACCACCAUUUCAGCUCUGACUGGCGAUAGAGUCGCGCACCCUCUCAUAAUCAGUCUAGCAAACAUAUUUAUGAAUACUCACGCCAAAAUCUCAUCCGACUCCUUCCUCCUUACUGCUCUACUGCCAGUGCCUAAAUUCAUUCACAAGAAGAAACACAUGCGGGGUGUACUGGAGGACCACCUCAUACACCAGUGCUUAGACAUUGUUCUUGAACUGCUCAAGAGGGCCGCUCGUGUUGGAGUCAUGAUGUCGGAUCCCGUGGGUAAUAGCCGGCACUGCUAUACAGGACUUGCAAGUUAUAUUGCUGACACCCCAGAAGCAAUGAUUUUGGGGACACUUUUUGACAUGAACCCUGAACAAAGUCCACUACUCUCGCAUAACUCAAAGUUGUCUAUACGCGGGCUGACCCCCUUGAUCUUGAAGCAUUUUUCCGUGAAGCGCAGAAAUUUUGGAUUGAAUGGAGUUGCUGAGCCCUUUUGGCGUGAUUGGAUUCUGGCCGAAUCAUCCCAUGUCUUCACUCCUGAACUCCUGCACCAUGUACACCAGCAGUUUUGGGAUCACAAUGCAAAAUGGCUCAUCAAUGCUCUUGGGGAAUCUGAGAUUGAUUUUCGCUUUUCCGUCCUACCUUGCAUCACUGGGUUACGACAUUUCCAUGGAGGUAUUUCGAAGUUAAAACAAGUCACUGGCUGGUGUCAAUGCGACAUCCAAUGCUAUAUCAUUGCAGUCUGUGCUGAUGCUGCACCUCAAGGCGUCCUUACUGCUGUACGUGCUCUCAUGGACUUCCGGUAUCUUGUGCAAGCUAGCCGAAUCGAUGAUGAUGGCCUUGAGUGUAUUUCUGCUGCACUAACUGAAUUUCAUGCCCACAAAGACACCAUCAUCACUGCUGGUCUUCAUCGUGGGGAGGGUAAAAAGGUCAUCACCAACUGGCAUAUCCCCAAACUCAAAUUCAUGCAGAGCAUUGUCCCAAGCAUCCGCAAUACUGAUGUCCCCAUGCAAUGGACUGCAGACGCAACAGAACACGCUCAUAUCACUGUCAUUAAAGUUCCAGCUUGGUCAAGCAACAAUAAUAAUUAUGACCUGCAAAUCUGCCAUCAUCUUGAUCGUGAGGAGAAGUGCUGUCGCUUUGACCUUGCCACAAGUCUACUCGAUCACGACAAGCUACGAUCAACAACUGUGGUUGAAGUUGACGAGGGAUAUGAGGGUGACAAGGGUGAUGCCGAUGAAGAUAUACCAGCAGACCUCUUAUCCACUGUUGCUUUCCCUGGUCGCUCACGGCCAAUCAUGAAUUAUUUCAUGGUUGCAAACAGUUUAUGCCACAAGGAUGUUGGCACUGUUGUAGAAACAACAAUCCAGAUGGUGGUAUUCUGA